AUGCGUAAUGCCUCUGAACUAUUUUUUGUCUGUUUCUUGACAGAGUAUGAAAUUGAGCGGUCCUUCUUCUUGAGGAUGAAGUGUGUUCUUGCCAAACGAAAUGCAGGGCUGACAUGUGGAGGAUAUAAGGUCAUCCACUGCAGUGGCUACCUGAAAGUGCGUCAGUACAUGGUGGACAUGGUGCUCUAUGAAUCAUGCUAUCAGACUAUGGGCCUGGUAGCAGUUGGACACUCCCUGCCUCCCAGUGGUAUCACUGAGAUCAAACUCCAUAGUAACAUGUUCAUGUUCAGAGCCAGCCUGGACUUCAAGCUCAUCUUUUUGGACAUGAGGGUGGCAGAGCUGACAGGCUACGAGCCUCAGGACCUGAUAGACAAGACUCUUUACCACCACGUUCAUGCCUGUGACAUUUUCCAUCUACGAUACGCUCAUCAUUUAUUGCUGGUGAAGGGUCAGGUCACCACCAAGUAUUACCGCUUGCUAUCAAAGCAUGGAGGUUGGGUAUGGGUGCAGAGUUACGCUACCAUUGUCCACAACAGCCGUUCAUCCAGACCUCACUGUAUUGUCAGUGUGAACUACGUCCUCACUGACAUUGAAAGCAAGGAACUACAGUUAUCUGAAGAUCAGAGUCAAGUCACUAAGUGUGGUGUAAGUCUCACUUCCUCUCAGGACCACAGCAGACAAUUCAGAACCAAAGCAGUCAAGAUGAAGACCAAACUAAGAGAAGCUCCCUAUCUUGAGAAGGCUCCUCGCCUCUUCCAGCCGGACCUCUCAUACUGCUCGUCACAAAAGGGGAUGUUGAAAGACAGAUCCCUGUACCCAAUGACCCCUUGCAGGGAGACGAGAACCAACCUGAGACCUGAAGGAGUUCAGGUGUCCUGCAGCCCCACUUACAAUCUGACUCUCCAUUACCCAUCCCAUCAUCAGCAUCUGAACGUUCAGAGCCAGCUGCCCAGCUCAGUUCCCUCCUCUCAGCUAUCUCAACAAAUCAUCGGCUCCCUGCAUAGUAAAGGGGCUGAUGGAUGGAACAUCAGCAACUCCACAGCAGCCAACAAAUACAAAGGUGGACAAGGCGAGCAGUUCAGGAGGUUGAAGAAGGAUGAAUUGAUCGAUCUGGCAGGAGAAGAGGAGGUUUCGCUGGAGGAAGGUCUGGCUAAACCUGCAAUUGCGCUGCACCUAAUGGAGGUUUUGCGGCCAGAAGUGCGGUUAGAGCAAAGGCAACGUAGAAAAUUGGUGGAGGAGAAAAGUGACAGCAAAUAA